UCAGUCUUCCCUUUCCUUUCUUUGUCCCCACAAUGUCAACUCAGCCAAGCACGUCUGCCGCUGCAUCGCCUGUGCCUGUGACAGCCGGCAUCGUGAACGCCUUCCAUCGCGUCGAGCCUGGAGUCUUGAGGACGCUGCUCAUCUUCACGUUCGCCAUGAUCGUCGCCCCAAUUGGAAUGUACUACUUUGCUGCGGCUAUUGCUGAACAGGCGGAAGCAAGCAUGCCACAUAUUGUCGGUGCCAUCGCGGCAGUGGUGGUCGUUCAAAUCGUGAUGGCCGCGUUUGUCGUUGUCGCCCUGCGCGAGGACAAGAAUACUGCUGCAACCUCCUCCGCCAAUCCAGCAGACAAGCCGAAAGCUCAAUAAAACGCUCAAAUCGUUGCCCCUCUUUUGCCAUGUACGAGUCGAAAAAAAAAUCAAACAAAUAAAUACACCAUGCACGACAAGAA